CUGACUGCCACCAAACAGGAGGUGGCAAGAACAUUAAGACGUUAAUAAUAAUAACCACAAACAGCUACAGUGACAACAGAUAUAACUGAAACCACAUAACUAUAGUCAUAACUCGUGUAGUCAUCGGGACAAGAAAGAACUCGAAGCAAACUCCGCGUAUCCUGCAGGAGAGGAUGAAUGACGUCGCCCAGGAAAGAAAGACAGACGAGAUAUGACUCUAAAGGCCUUUGAUUUGGUGUCCGUUCUGGAUAGAGUGGAUCUGAAGAUUGAGUGCUUUGAAGCUAGUGGAAAUGACCUGUACCUGGGAUCAGAUGACAGUAUUGUUGUUCAUUAUGUCGUAGAAGAGAGGAUUCAUGAUGCGACUUCCAAGAUAUUUUAUUCUACUAACAAGAUUAGUCAGAAGAACCUUGGAACUAAAAAGACAGUAGUUCAGCUAAAGACAGCCUCUGCUCUCGGUCGGUUGAUGGUGUUAAGUGAUGGGAAUCUGUACAUCCUUGAUUCUGAUGUCCUCAAUACCAUUGGCUCAGGCCCAAAAAUCAAGAACGUUACUGUGUUCUGUGUCAAUGAAAAUCCCAACACAUUGGACCCCUUUACAGUUCAGCUAUGUGUGGGCAAGAGAAGGUGUAUACAAAUCUGUUCCUUACAUGAAGAUCGCGUUUCAUUCCUGAAAGAAUUAUCAACACCAGAACCUGUUAAUAUUGCAAUGGAUGGAACUUUUGUGUGCGUUGCUGGACAAGGGCAUUAUUGUGUCUUUAAUGUUGAAACAGGAUUGAGUCAAGACCUCUUCCCAUAUGACACUGCUGUAACCUACCCACAUGUCAAGAGAAUAGCUAAGGAGGAAUUCUUAUUAGCAGGACCAGGUAACCUUGGGAUGUUUGUAACAGCAGCAGGCAUCUCAGAACGGCCACCAAUCCAGUGGAUGGAGGGCAUAUCUGCAGUGUCCUAUUACUAUCCGUACAUAAUAACCAUAACUAAUCAGUUUAUUAGAGUGUAUAGCUUGAUUGAUCAACAACACAAACAGACACUAAAUUUUUCUGGUGGUGAACUAAUUGGAAAUUUUGAUGGUCAGCUUUAUGUGGCAGCCAACUCAUGUGUAUCCUGCCUUAUGCCUCAGCCAUGGACUGUCCAAGUUCAGACUUUAAUGGAUAAUGAAAGAGUGGAAGAAGCCGUUGAGUUGGCAGAACACAGUGGAGCAGUUGGAAUGAGUCAGGAACAGUAUCAACAGUUGUUCCAUACACUGCUCCAGAAGGCAGGCUUUAUCAAAUUGUCCCAUGGAGUCUAUGAUCAAGCACAAGACUAUUUCCUCAGGGGCUCUGUGGAUGUUAGAGAGGUGAUCAGCCUGUAUCCUGGUCUUUUACCAGCAACUGUGGAAUUCAUGCGAGCUCAGCCUCCCCUCCAUCAUCUUGCUGAUAUAACUCAAGCAAUGCAUGGUGACCAGAACAAGAUAGAAGAUGCUAAAAGAUUCCUUUCUGGGUACCUAUUACAUCUACGAAGUUUAGGAGAGCCUAUCAUGUGUAGAUUGGAGAUAGACACUGCCAUCAUCAAGUUAUAUGCAGAGAGAAAAUCUUCAGAUCUGCUACUUUUUCUUGAGAGUGGAGAUAUUGUCUGCAAUCUGCCUGAGUGUGCACAGUGGUUAGAAACUCAUCAGCAGUACUCUGCCCUGGCAAAACUUUACAGAGUUCUUGGUGACCUUGACAAAUCUCUUAAAGUUCUCACACGACUUGUGAGAGAUGAAAUUAAGGACGAACAUUUUAAGGGAAUACAAGAUUUGGUGGACUGUUUAAUAUGUGCAGCCGACCCAAAUGUUGUAUGGCGUUACUCAGACUUUGUGUUAGAUCGAAACCCAAUGGAAGGAGUACGGGUGUUUACAGACACUAAGGCAACAUUGAACCCCUCCCGUGUUCUACAGAUCCUCCAGCGCUAUCCAGAGGCUAGAUUAGGAUUUCUCCACCAUUUGAUUUACACCAAAAAACUACAAGAUGAAAAGUAUCAUACAGAGUUAGUACUUCAUUAUGUAGAUGAGGCAGUCAGAUUGAUCAAUGAAGAGCCAUCAUCUUCAGAACUUGAGGAGGCUCGGGGAAAGCUUCAAGACUUGCUUACCUCCUCUUGUCACUACCAGCCUCAACCAGUCCUUGCCAGAAUGCAAGGGACUAGUCUCCAUGUAGAAACAGCUGCUGUAUUUGGAAGGCUCGGUGAACACGAAAAAGCUCUGUCCAUGCUUGUUCAUCAAUUAAAGGACUUCAGUGCGGCAGAACAAUACUGUAUAGCACAGACCAGAGGUGCAAAUAAUACAUGUAAAUCCAGUAUCUUCCUCAAAUUGCUAAAAAUAUAUUUGAGACCACCACCUGGGGGUUCUGAGGAUGACAUUGAACUUGCACCAGCCAUUGAACUCCUGUCAGUUCAUGCUGGGGAUUUGGAGGUAUCAGCAGUUUUAGCUCUCCUACCACCUAACUGGUCACUUAGCAUUGUUCAUCAUUACCUGCGAGCAGCUCUAAGAACCUCUUUGCAUCAGAGUCGAAUCAAGCGUAUACAACAAACACUUGUUCGCAGUGAUAACCUCCAACAAAAGUUUAUCCUGUAUAAGCUCAACAAAGAUAUGGGACCUAUUCCACUAGCUUCAAACAGGAUAUGCUGUGUGUGUAACAGAGGAUUCACAAGCUGUGAGUUCACCAUUUAUCCCAACGGCGUGAUGGCUCACCUGACUUGUGCACCUAACCCAAGUGUCUGUCCUCUCACAGGCACAGUUUUUCAAGUCACACGUGAUGCUUCCAGAUCUGGAACCAACAAGCAGUAUUCAAGAUGAAAAAAGCAAUAACUUUAAGUUCCUGUAAUAUUAAUAAAAAUUUUCAUUGGUUAAACAAAUUGCAAAUUGUCAAAACAAUACUGGUUUGUUAAUUUAUAGAAACUUUUAGUUUAGUGAAGUUUAAAUUUUGUCAUAUGUACACACUUAAGGAAUUGUUUAAUUGAACCUCUUGUGUGAUCUAGUCAUUAGUCCCAAGAAUUAGUUAAAAAAAAAGUGAGGGGGGGGAGAGAGGUUUGGACAUUGAUUUGCCAGGUGAGUGUUUUAUGAUACUAUUAAAAAUGCCGUUCUUCCAUCAUAAUAUUAAUUACACAACUAAGACAAGAACUGGGAAAUCAGCUAUUAUUGCUACCCCAUGUCUGGAUUAUUCAAGAAAUACAGCAUAUGAUUUAUAAUAUAAAAGUGUGUGUUUCAGAUUGUCUAGUGAUUGCAUAAAUGAUGUACUGUAGGUAGAUUGUUAAAAAAAAAAUUAAUGUUGCUUAACUUUCAAUAUAAUGCUGCUGUCUUUAGUACCUUCAUAACAUCAGCUUCCUACCUCAGUGUACAGGGUAUAAUAUUGUAUGCAAGUACAGAAUAACAAUCCAUGAUGUGCUACAAUUUCUAAGGUAUUUAAAAAGAUAAUUUUUUUCAAUCACAAAUGUUAAAAAUGUUAAACACGGUUAUUAAAUAACAGCAAGUUUAGAGUAUGUAACGUGGUUGUAUUAGGGAUGUAUAACAGCAACAUAAGAAAAUAGCACUAGCUACAUCAUGCUAACUCCUGUAUAAAAUUCAGUACACGAGUACUUACGACUUCUUUCAUAUGCCAAGUAAAUAAAAUUUAAUCUUCAAA